GGUUUACGAGGGCUUUCUCUCGCUCUGGCUAACCAUCGUUCACUCGCACUCUUGCGGGCUCUCUCUCCCCUUCCUCUUUUUCCUAUACACAGUGCCCACAAUCUAGGGUUGGGGUUUCAAGAUUCAUACACCAUUUUCUUGAAUCGAUUCAAUACAGAGAGCGCUGUUGCAUCAAACGAGAGCACGUACAAUUAUAGAAGAGGAAAACGAUGAGUGUGGAUCUGGUGGCUUCGAACACACAUGGCAAUCUGGACGAGCAGAUUUCGCAGCUCAUGCAGUGCAAACCCUUGUCCGAGCCCGAGGUUAGGGGAUUAUGUGAGAAGGCUAAAGAGAUUUUAAUGGAAGAAAGUAAUGUUCAGCCUGUAAAGAGCCCUGUGACCAUUUGUGGUGACAUUCAUGGGCAAUUUCACGAUCUAGCUGAACUUUUUCGGAUUGGAGGGAAGUGUCCAGAUACAAACUACUUAUUUAUGGGAGAUUAUGUGGAUCGGGGUUACUAUUCAGUUGAAACUGUCACACUCCUGGUGGCCUUGAAAGUACGUUAUCCACAGCGGAUUACAAUCCUUAGGGGAAAUCAUGAGAGUCGACAGAUUACACAAGUCUAUGGGUUUUAUGAUGAAUGCCUACGAAAGUACGGCAAUGCUAAUGUCUGGAAGAUAUUUACGGAUCUUUUUGAUUAUUUCCCAUUAACUGCUUUGGUUGAAUCCGAAAUAUUUUGUCUGCAUGGUGGAUUGUCCCCAUCCAUUGAAACCCUUGAUAAUAUAAGAAACUUUGAUCGUGUUCAAGAAGUUCCACAUGAGGGCCCCAUGUGUGACCUGUUAUGGUCUGAUCCAGAUGAUCGUUGUGGCUGGGGAAUCUCUCCCCGUGGUGCAGGAUACACUUUUGGCCAGGACAUAUCUGAGCAAUUCAAUCAUACCAACAAUCUAAAGCUGAUUGCUAGAGCUCAUCAGCUGGUUAUGGAGGGAUUUAACUGGGGACAUGAACAAAAGGUCGUCACUAUUUUUAGUGCGCCCAAUUACUGUUACCGUUGCGGAAACAUGGCAUCUAUACUGGAAGUUGAUGAUUGCAAAGAGCACACAUUUAUCCAGUUUGAGCCAGCUCCAAGGAGAGGAGAACCUGAUGUAACCCGGAGAACGCCUGAUUAUUUCCUAUAAUCACUUGCUUGAGUUGCUGGCCUGUGACGUCUGCAUGGUGGUUGGCUUAAGAUGGGUCACAGAUAUUAGACAAUUAUCUCAAGCUACUAUGCUUGUUGCUUUAUGGUGGGACUUCCAAUAGGUAUGCAAAAUUGGCAGCGAAGGCCCGUGUUGGUAUUAAGUCAUGUUCUAACCUAUUUUAGGUUCCCAGGAUGGAGGCAGUGGAGCUGGGGAUGGUUUAAUGUACCAUUUUAUUCAAACUUCUUUUCAUCCGUUUUCAUUUUAACUAGAUAAUUUUGCGUUCAAUUUUUUUCUUAUUUGUUUUUCCUCGUUUUCCUUUUGGGGGCUUGGAGGGAUGAAGUUGUGCAGAUUCAAGGGGAAAAAAUUUCAGUGUUGUGGGUUGUUUUGACUUCUUUAUUGUUGAAUGUUGAAUAGAGACUGAAUUGAUUUGAUAGCUGAAGCCUUAUUUAGUGUUUGCUCGGGGAUUAAUUCACUCUAGUCCCUUUUUAUAUAUUUUUUCGCACCUUUUCUCUUUCCGACUAUUUAGGGUCAUCUCCUACGUCGAUUGUGUAUGAUUUUUGGGAUUAUAAAGAUGUUCAUUUUGUGAUUGUCGACCUUGUGUUUGGUUCAGCAAGCUCU